UGGCAGCGUGGAUUUUACAGAUCUUAACCGAUUUGUUGUCUGACCACAGAAGAAGAGCUUAAAAACAACAUGUCUGCGCACAGAGAAACGUGCACACGCUUUGAAAAUUAAACCCUGUAUAACGGGUGAUUUCAGGCUGUUUUAAUAGGUUUCCCGAAAGAAUGUCUACCCCAGCUAAAGGAGCAACGAAGAAAGAAAAAAAGAAGCACAUACCAGUGAAAACUUCACUGAAUAGCCCAUACAGCGUACACUGGAGUCCACUGGAAAGAGAGCACAAGCAUUUCAUUCUGAACACACUUAAAGACAAACUUUUCGCCGUUGGGCUUCAGAAACAACGGGUCAUUAGGUUUCGAGAGCGUGGAAGCAGAAGAAAGUCAAGAAAAAAGGCAUCAAAACCCACAGAGACUCUUGAACCUGCAGAGAGCGUACAGACUCCCUCAAAGCCCACCGAGCCGUGCUGGAGCAACCCGGCUGUGAGGAAACAGCUGGCCAUCGGCAUCAACGAGGUCACCAAAGGCCUGGAGCGGAAUGAACUGAGUUUGGUGCUCGUGUGUAAUUCGGUAAAGCCAGCACACAUGACAUGCCAUUUAAUCCCGCUGAGUAAAACAAGGUCUGUGCCCGCCUGCCAGGUGCCCAAUCUGAGCGACACUGUCUCACGGCUGCUGGGUCUUAAGUGCGUCCUGGCGCUGGGAUUCAGGCGCGGCACCGAGGUGUUCGAGGACGUGGUCCGCGCGAUCACGCCCGUGGUUCCGCCGCUCAAGGUGGCUUGGAUCCCGACGGAUUCCCUUGAGGAAGCCGAGGAAAAGCAGAGCGACACAGGAAAGGGGCAGAAGAGGAAAUUAGAAGAAAUGUCGGAUGAAGUCUGUGACGCUUCUACUUUGAUCCUCCAGCCUCUAAAAGUGAAGAAAAUCAUUCCUAAUCCUACGAAAAUCCGAAAACCGAAAAAGAAAGGAACGCAAAAGUGCUUAUCAACGGUUUAACCUGUGCUCCAUGAUUGCAGGUUAAUACAUAGUGUGUUUGGACUGAUGUCGAUUAAAUAUAUUUAUAUUUU